GGAAGAAGGUCGCUGGGGGUCUUUGGACCUAAAAGGGGCGGGAUCUCUUGUGACAGCCCUAUGCUAAUCAGGAUCAGGGUCUAACCCCCGGUGGUUGCGGGGGCAAAGGUGCAGAGGGACAGACACCAAAGUGAGGCCAAUCGUCCCACGUGAGGCCACUGGUCUCGGGGACUGGAAAUGGCUGCGGGUCCUUGCAGCGAGGGGCGGGUGGUCUUGGUGACCGGCGGUGCUCGGGGUAUAGGCGCUGGCAUCGUACGCGCCUUCGUGGAGAACGGUGCUAAAGUGAUUAUCUGUGACAAGGAUGAGUUAGGGGGCCGAGCUCUUGAAAAGGAAUUUCGUUUAGUCCAGCCACCAGCAGGAGCUGUCUUUAUCCGAUGUGAUGUGACCAGAGAAAGGGAAGUGGAGGCCCUGAUCUCUGAGACCCUGCAACGUUUCGGCCGCCUGGACUGUGUGGUGAACAAUGCUGGACGCCAUCCCCCAGACGAGACCCUGGAAGAGACAUCCUCCCAGGCCUUCCGAGAGCUGCUGGAGCUGAACCUCAUUGCCAUGUACAUGGUGUCCAAGUGUGCCCUUCCCUUCCUUCGGCAGAGCAGUGGUAGCAUUAUUAACAUCUCCAGCCUGGUGGGGGCCAUUGGGCAGAGAAAGGCUGCAUCUUACGUGGCUACCAAGGGGGCUGUGACUGCCCUGACCAAGGCCUUGGCCCUGGAUGAGAGUCAGUAUGGUGUCCGAGUCAACUGCAUCUCCCCAGGAAACAUCUGGACCCCUCUGUGGGAGGAGCUGGCCGUCCUGACCCCCAAUCCCUCUGCCACAGUGAGAGAAGGGGAACAGGCGCAGCCCCUGGGACGGAUGGGCAGGCCGGAUGAGGUGGGAGCUGCUGCCGUCUUCUUGGCCUUCCACGCUUCCUUCUGCACCGGCGUGGAGCUGCCCCUGACCGGGGGCGCCGAGCUGGGCUACGGGCGCAAGGUGGCCCCCACGUGACAGGACGCCCCCUCCCCUCCGCCAUUCCUCGCCCUCCCGGGCUUCCCUUCCCUAGAAGCCAGUCUUGCCCUGCCUGGCACUGGGCCUCAGUUUCCUCUCUGGGAGCACGAGUGUGGGUGGGCCCUGCAACCCUGGGGCCUCCCUCCGCUGGGGCAGGGGGGAAGCUAGGGAGGGAGGCCCCCAGAUCCUUGACCCCUUGACCCGCUUGUCCUCCACCCAUUCCUUCCUCCCAGCUCCUUCCGUCUGAUAAAUCGGAAACAAAGAUAAAUUGGAAACAGAAAACAA